AAUUUUUCAAGCUUUCCUGACGACAAUUUUUUUCACAGAUAUAUUGCUGAUUUAUCGAUGAAAGUGACCAAUAAAUGGAUACCUAGAUAUUCCAAAUACAAUGGCACACUUGCUCGGGAGUAAGUUUUGUAUUGAAAGUUUGAGAAACGAUGUAUCAGACCUGCAGUCUGCUGUGGUUGACGUCACUUCUCGGGUUGGUCCCGUCAAGUUGCCGUCUUGGAAGUAUCCAGACAAACAGUCGUGUGACCUUGACAUUGAUGACAUUCUGGAGACAUAUGAUUAUAGUGAUGACGAGGAGGACCGACAAGUGGCUCAUAUUGUACUCUUAGAAAUGGUUAUUGAUAGAAUGGUCCUUUUAUACCAGGCAAUGUCACGGUUUGCCGACCAGAGUCUAGCUGCCAAUAGGCCAACCACGGCUAAGCCCCCUGGCUCUAACAUGUCUAUUGGAUUGGUUGUGAAGAAGUAUUGGAACAAAACAGUUCAGAUGCAGACUCUCAUCACACAGCUGAAAUCAGAGAAUAAGUCAAAGAAUCGCCAGAUUUCCAACUUAGAAGCUACAAUAGCAGAACUGAAACAAACACAAACAAAUAACACAAUUGGUGGUACAAAGGCGCCACUAUCUGCAGCACAGUUGCUGAUAAAUUCCAACUCCACAGCUUCAACUGGGAGUAACACUAGCUUGAAUUCUACACCGAAAGGAUCAGUGUUUGAUAUUUCAAAUGAUGCUUAUCAUAAAUGUAGCCAAACUGUCGAGACUGCAUUCGUACCAUGUGAAUCAUGUGACAAGGUACAGAAAUGUCUGAAUGAGUCAGCUGUCGUCAUCGAACAGGUGUGUAACAGUCAGGGUUUACCAUCUUCCCUUAGGAAAUUUCGCCAAACUCAAAUCCCAGAUUUUGAUUGGCUGACAGCUAACGAUGUCACACGAUGGACAAAAGAGCAAAAUAAAGAUUUAAAUCGGAUAAAUAAACAUUUGGACCAUUUGCUUUCCACGAUAGAACCAUUGAAAAAAGAUCUCAGUAAAAACAUUGAAAGUCGGAAAAAACUUGAGCAAAAAGUUGCUAACUUUGACCAUGAACUUGAAUUGGAAAAAGAGUCUCAAAGUGCCCAAAUGAAACAACAUAAGACCAGACUGGUGCAAAUUGAGAAGGAUAACACCGAAGCUCUUAAUCUCCUGAACAGAGAGAAAACAGAAAUCUGGAGAGAGAAAAGUGAACUUGAAGGACAACUGGACGAUUAUAAAAAUCAACUACAGCAAAAGGAAACUGAACUUCAAUCUAUUGAAGAGGAAAAGGUGCUACUCCAGAGAGAACUUGAUGAAAGCUCAGUUAAUUCUGGCCAAGUGAAAGAACUGAACAGUGCAAUAUCAGCCAUGCAGACCAAGCUGCAUGAAAUCAAUGGAACACUGGAACAAACACAGAAUGAUCUCCUUAGGGAGAAAGCAAAGUAUCAAAGUGCUGCAAAGCAAAACCAGUCACUCCAAGCCAAACAAGACUCCCUUUUUCAAAGAAUGAAUGACAUUGAUGCUGAGAAUGAUGAGUUGAGGAACCAAGUGGCAGACCUAGAAGAUGAGAAGGAGAUGUUGGAAAAGAGCAUCAAGCAGGCAAAACAGGAGAAGAUAACAUUGGAAAAGUCUUGUAGCAAUCAACAGGUCCAGAAUAAGGAGCAUGAUAGUGCUGAGCUAGAGGAUACAAUUGAUGAACUGAGAAGUACAAUCAGGAAUCUUGAAGAUAAACUAACAGCAGCAAAAGAUAGAGAGCGUCUUAUCCUGGAAUACCCCGAUCUGAAUGGUCCUGUCAACCCAGAUACACAAGGUACUGGUGACAUAGCCAAGGACAUGGAGAAUCAAGUUAGAGCUAAUGCUGAGCGGAUCUCACUGCUUGAGAGUCAGAACAAUGGACUGCGGAAGACUAUAUCCAAGAUGAUCCACUCAAACAAUGUAAGAGAGGUGCCCCAAAGUACGAAACCUCAGAGUAGUGAUGCACCUGUUCCACUGUGGAGAACUGACGCAUUUGAAUCACCACCAAAGCAACAGGAAAACUACAGGUCAAGAAACGUGGACCCAGUAGGAACUGCGAGGAAUCUAGAAACACGUCAAAGUAAGCCCCAUAGUGGUGCCACUUAUACUCAUCGCACUUACAGUCCUGCCAGUUCAGAUGAUGGUCUGCAAAAAUCUGGCCUACCACCACGACCCCCGAGUAAAUCAUCCAAUCACAGAGAUCGUGGAAAUAUUCAAUCAACAAUACAAAGAGACUUAAAUAAAUCAGCAAAUAUAAACAGAGACGUCAAUUUUCAAAAUGACUCAUAUCAAAGAGACCCUAAUGUAUAUAGAGAAUCAAACUCCAAUAUGCCAAGAGACCACCACUCCAGACAAGGGAGCAAUCAUUCUGAACUCAACUCAACGCAUAACAUAAACUCAAGAAUGAUUACACCCAAUGAUAAAACCAAUCAAGAUCCUGGCCUUGGGACUAAAAUGACAACAUUUGUUAUUGGACAAGGCAGUAGACCAAACAGUGCCAAAAGUUCAAAGUCAGGUAAAGGUCAAAGGUCAAGGCCAUCUAGUGUAGGUGCAAGCAUGAAGGUCGGCAAUAUGAAUGCUAGUAGUAUAAGUGCCUAUCUGCAACUCAAGAGAUCUGGUGCUCUCAAGGGACUCAAUGAUAAAGUGAAAAGCAGACCUCCUUCAGGUCCGUCAGGUGCUAAAUCCGCAUCCCCAGGUGAACAAGGAGACUUGAAUCUGCAAGGAGAUUACACCCCACAAGAUACAUAUGUGUGUGAGCACUGUGAUAAAAUGUAUACCACAUCAAUGGACUUAGAUCUACAUAAGUCUUAUUGUUCAGCCAUGUGAACAAGGUUAACAUUUAAAAAAGAGAUCAGAUGUUGUCUUUAUGUUAUAUGUCAUUUACAAUUUACAAUCUGUACAUUACCAUUCCAAAUACAGAAAACCUAUACAUCAGAACAACUCCCUAAUCCGAACAUUUCCCAAUGUGAAGAUUUUCUCGGUCCAGAUAGUUUUAUCUUCAAUGAGAGCCUGUUUAUAACUGAACACUUGGUCUGGCUAAUGGCAUUCCAAUUAGACAGGUUUAACUGAAAUGUAUAUUGUACCUUAAAUACAAAUCCAUGAUUGUUUGUAAUUUUGUCAUCAUUUAUAAUCUCGAAUUUUGCCUCAAGAAAUUGAAUUGUAUAGAUAUAUAAAAAAGUAUUGUUAUUUGUAUAUAUUUUGCAUUAAUUUUUAUUCAAUUGUUAAUGUAUAAGUAUACAUUGUAGAUACAUGUAUUUUAUUGAAA